AUGAUGACUGCAGAGCCAGAGGUCUUUAUCGAGCAGGCCACUGAGAGCCGGAACUGCUGGCUGAUGCAGGCAUGGGCAAGUAUCGUGUUGACUCUUGAGUCUUGUCUGGGGGCCGUCUCCUGCUCAUGCGACCAGGCUCUGCAGGUGGCAAAGUCGCUCUGGACAGCAGCCCUCGAUGCAUGGGAGGGACUCCGUGACGUUUUUUCUGGUUCUGCCCCUCAGUGUUUCCAGUGUUUCCGGGCUACAGAGCCUACACCCGCGUCUGCGGAGGUGCAAUCAAAGCAGUUUGGCUUCGAGAAGGCUCGCGAAGUGCAGCUGCUGAAGUUCGAACCGACGACAGACAAUCAAAGCACGUGGCAGCCUGCAGCAGGCGGACGCCAAGAGCGGAAGAUGCGAGAGUACGUGCUCGAUGCCUACACGCGUGAGCCACGAAACCUCUUGGCCAGCUUUGCAGGGAGACACAACUCCGUGACUGAGUUGGAGAUCAGGGCUUUUACCGAAGGUCUUUCAAACGAGAUCAUUGAUGGUGAGUAUGGCCACUACCAGCUUGGCGAAAGAAAGGGUAGCGGCGCUUACGGGACGGUUUACUUGGCCACAGAGCAGCAGACCGGAAGGCAAGUCGUGGCCAAAGUCAUCUCCAUCGGAUCGGAGGAGUCAUCGACAUCGUUUCGCACGGAGCAGCGUGUCUGGAAGCACAUGCAGCGCUGCCCGGGCUACCCCCAUCCGAACAUCAUCCGCUACUUUGAAGUCAUCGAUUGGCAGUCUCGAGGCGUGGUAAUCAUGGAGUUGGCGGCUGGUGGCAGCCUGUCAGACACCCUGUACGACGGCGUAAGUGCAGAGGGAACAGUGAGUGGUGUUCGGACUCCACUGGGAGAUGCGCUGUUGACGGAUGAAGCCCUGGCCAAGAAGCUCUACGGCCAAUUGGCCGCUGGAUUCCAGUGGCUUGGACAAUGCGGCGUGGUACACAAGGAUCUCAAGCCUGACAACAUCAUGUUGACGAAGCCUUUUCUGCAAGGCGGCAUCAUCAAGAUCAUCGACUUUGGUUUAGCCAUGUUGACCAGUGACCAACGAGCAGGAAGCCUCGCCAACAUGUACUACAAUCUUAACCAGAACGCGGACCCAAGAACCAACAAGAAAGGCACUCGCACUUUCGAUGACUUCGCCAUGGGUCUGAUUUUGGCCGAAAUCGGCACCGGUGUGCCACCUUUCUUCAACCCCAAGAACGACUACUUCUCCAACAAAGGAAACCUGCAGAACCAGAAAGGGAUCUUCUACAUCUUGCAGCCCAAGAAGGUGUGCUCAGCUGGAGAUGCUGGAAUUUAUCAGCCCAAGAGAGAUCUGGCGCUAGGCAAGGUGUCCAUCGACGCAGCAGUGAAGGAAGUCGUCGGACGAUCGUUGUACUACAAUGCCAAUGGACGCCACUUUGUCUACAACAGCGCCGUGGAGCAAGGUAUUGGCAAUGUGCAACUCCUGAAGCAGUCCUGGCUCUACAACUCCCCGACAGCAAUGUCCCUUUUGCACUCCUUGCUGGCGGGCAGAGAGGACGACCGCAUUGAACCUUCGACUUUGAUGUCUGCCGAGUGGCUAUCGGAUGUCCGUGCAAGUCCCAGUCCCGAGAUUCCAGUUGCGGAGAUGACUCUGCAACCUCAGGUGGAGGCCCAUGUCCACGUCCCUCCGCCUGCGCCUCCUCUCGUGCAAGAUCUCCGAGAGGAAGAAGAGCCGGAGGAGCCGAAGCCGGAAGCUCCCAAGCUGAACAUGUGCAGAAACCCCUACAAGGAGCGUGGACCGCCCUCCUUGUGCAAAGUGCGCCACUCAAGCCACAGCGAUUGCUAUGUGGACAUCAGUUGCAGCGGUGGUCCCAGCCACAUCGUGAAACUCGAGCAGGGCUUCGGCGCCGCGGAGUGGAUGGAGCAUCUCACUUGCAUUCAAUGGCAGGAGGAGCCUCGGGUCAUGGGCACGUUGCAGCUCGAGUAUGCUCUGGCUCUGCGCUCUGCCGUGGUCUACGUGGCCAUCGGCGCCGUGCCACUGCUUUUCCCUUGCUCCGAGCGGUCUGCCAGCGCUUCUCUGAAAGGUUGGGACAGAUGCCCAGCGAGCUCGUACAGCUUGGUGCCCACCAACAUCAUGCGAAUUUAUCAUUUCCUUCCUUUCUGGUAUGCUUUCUUGGUAACUCCACAUCUUGGCUGCUUGAUCAGCGGCAUCCACGAUGCUCUGCUGGGGGCUUCCACCGGGCUUUGCAUGGCGAGUCUGCUAAAUCUGAUGAUGCCCGGAGGGGCCGGCGGGAUGAACUACUUGCCAGAGGAUUUCUGGCAAAAAGCUUGGCUGCCUUUUGGGUACCACAGCUUCGCAGCGAUCCUCUUUGCAGUCUGCUCAACAUACCUCCUGUUCUUCAGCUCGACAUCCGUUGGCCAGAAGCAAUAUGCUUUAGGAGUGUUUUCAGAGCUCCUGGUUCCUUUCAUGAACCCUCAGACAACAUCUGGGUUCCGAGCGGUGAUCUGGGAUUGGGAGUUUAACUGGAAUUGGAAUGGGGUGGCCAUGUGUGGCUUCUGGCUUGUCGUCCUUGCCAUACUGCUCGCCAUCCCCUCCCUCGGCCUCCUUCCCUGGAGCCGCGAGUCCGUGAAGAGACACAGCUGCAUGUGGUCUGCAGCAACCGAGCUGGCACAACUGGCAGAGGACACGGCCGGCUGCUUGGAGUAUUUGUUGACCAUCCUCCAGCAGGAAGCUUGGAAGUUUCCCUUCCACGCAGACAGUUCCAACUUUUACAUCCGACAGCUGGGCAUGCGCCGAACGACUGCGGAGGCGCUUUUGGACCAGGUCGCGUGGGAGUCGUGGGUUUCUGGCCACACACGGGAGCAACACAAGAAUCUGCAGAAAGUUGCCGCAUUUCUUCGGCAGCUACGGCAGCUCCUCCGCAUCCAGAGUGGCUUGAUGCGCUACCUCGGCCAGUCCACUGGCAGGGGCGAGCAGUUCUUGCUCGAGGACUUCGUGCUUGCCUGCAGCGAGGGCCUCGCCGCAGUGGCUCGGGAUUGCCGGGACAAGGCAGACAUCAGCACGGAGACGCGUCUAGAGCUGCAGCGCCUCGCAAAGAAAGCAGACGAAGUGCUGUGCAAGGCUCUGGAGAAGCAGGCCAAGCCCGAGAAUGCUUUUUCUUCUGAGAUGGCUUUCCUGGACCAAUUGCGCUCCUGGCCUGCUGCCUUCAGCGCUUUCGAUACGCGCCAGAACGAUGCUGCACCGAGCGCAUCUGGAGGGAAGGACGCGAACAGUCGCCAUUGGUUUGCCCUCCGGAACACUGUCUCCUGGACGCUGGCACUUCUUUGGUCGGUAUAUUCUCGCGGCUACAGCAUGGGUUGUGUGGUUGCUACCUCCUUCAUUUUCUCAGAAACAUCUGGCUCGUCGUUCGACACGAACAUCAACCGCAUUCUGGGUGUUGGCAUGGGGCUGGCAGUGGGCAAUGUUCCUGCUAUACUUAUCCUCAGUGGGACGAGCGCAGAGAAGACAUCCUCCAUGUUGCGCUUCUUCGCGUACUUCGUCGUCAUGUUCAUCAUGUGGACCCUAGCCAUGUUUGGCUACUUGGCCCCCGGCUCCAAGUACUACCGUGCCUGCCUACUGUGGGUGGGCUACGGCGGAGUGCAGAUGCUAAGACACCUCCCUCAGUUUGACCAGCCUGAUGCGGAGCUGUUCCUGGCCAUCCUGGAUAACAUUGUGGCCAUCAUGGUUGUCUUCAUCGUUGACAUGGUUUUUGCCUAUGUCCAGGGCAACAGCACCGAGGAACAGGUCAAGGCGGCCGUGACUCGCUGCGCCCAGCAUGUCGCCAACGCUGUCGAGACGUUGCAGGCGGGCAAGGUGUCGGAGUUGGACAUGGACCCUCUCCAGAGGGACAUCAAGGCGCCGAUGUGCACAGUCCACAAUGCCCAUCAAAAGGCGGAGAAGACAGGCGUCAACUUGGUCAUCUUGCAAGGGGAGGAGGGGGGGUCAGACGCCCAGAACUGCAUCUACAAGAUGCUGGGCAUUUUCGCUUGCCGUGUGUGGCGAGUUUGGUUGACUGUAGCUGCUGUUGCCUUGGUCAUUGUCACGAUCGUACUACCAAUCACCUCUGGUGCUCAAGUGACCGCUCUCCCCCCCCCGUUCCUAGACUCCCUCUCUGCGGGCAUGACAGCGCGCGAGCGCCGUGGGGCCAAGAUGCCGCCGGGGCUGGGGGGCCCACUACCCGGGGGGCUGGAGUCCGAUGACCCGGACCUGGAGGAUGACCGUCCUGUCAAGAGCGGCAAGCGUAGAGAGCAAGCCUCGCCUACCAGUGGCCGAUCGGAGAAGGGGGUUACUUUGGCUGAUCUGCAGCGUUUGCUGCAAGAACAGAGUCAACAGAUCCAGAACCACCAAGAGCAGCAGAUCAAGGCAGCUAUCUCUGACAUCAGGAAGACGACCUCGGCUCAGAUCACGGCGGUGCGGGACGAGGUCCGCCGCCAUGGCGACUAUAUAGAACAGCUCCGGGACCAGGGAGAGAAGAUGGAAGCCCGUCUCUUAGCAUUGGAGGCAGGAGGGGUCGGGGCGGUGAUGCCUGAGGACCGUGAUCGCGGCAGCCGCAAGAACCUUAUGAUCUUUGGCGGGUGGGGGCAGGACACCCACAGGGAUGUCCUGCUCUCCGAAUUGAGGGAAAUGCUGCAGAAGAUCGAUGUCUACCGACACUUCGAGGACCUGUUCACCACGGGACCCAGACGUGGCAAUGCCCUCGGGCUAGUGGCCCCCCUACCCGGGGAGUCCGAGAGCGACCUCAAACGAAGGAUGAUCACCAUUGCCCAGACUAUCAGAGGGGCAGGGCUGCGAGCGGACAACAUGCAGCUGGACAAAAACCUUUGGGGAUCCCUCUCUAAGACUAAGCUGGAGCGUCUGAGGUCCAGUCAUGCAGGCAAGUUGAAGAGGUUGGUACUGGAAGUGAACUCGGAAGAACGAGGGCAUAUCGACGUGGAAUGGAAUGCCGGGUCGGUAUGGCUACGCGGAGCACUACUUGGAAGCGCCACCAGGACCAAGCCGAUCGGGGUGACCACGUGUGAAGGAAAAACUCCCCAAGCCUGGCUGGAUCUCUCCACAUCGGCGAGAAUGCUCGGGUGCGCGGAGCUUGACCUCAAGGAGCGAUGGGACAAGUUCCACGAGUACUGA